AUCAGCCUCUAUGGCGACAACUGUAUUCUUUGCGGAUACUAUUGGAUACUAUCCUUAAUCGUUUCGAUCAUUUUUGACAGCUCCGGUUUGUAAAAAUAUGUAGAAUUACAUUAGUAUAAACUGAAAUAUUGUCGAUUAUUUUCUAAUUAUAUGGUGAAUGAAAAAAGAAAGUGUAUUAGCAAGUUAGCGGCAUAAUAAAGUCAACGGUGGUGCAAAAAAACGAGGUAGACGUUUAACCUUUGGUCGGUCAAAACGUAAUUAAUGACUGAUAAAAUUUAACGCUGCAUUGUACGUCUUCGCUAAUCCUCAGAGGUGUUGAUAAGAAGAAUAUAUACAAUGAACCAGCAUAGAAUGAAUGAUCAUCAAUUUCGUAGUUCGGACUUUCUGUCAAGUGGUUCAUCAGCAAUGAUUGGAAACAACCAACGCAUGGCAAACCCACCUCCGAUACCACCUCGUCGGUUGGUUUCAAAUUAUCAAGGAUAUAGCGACUAUAGACCUUUAGGUUCUGGAUAUUUGGGUGGUUAUGGAUAUGGAAACAAUUGGGGUUAUAGAGGAGUUGGAGGAUACAGUGGGGUUGGGUCAUAUUCUAAUAGCAUGGGAUAUAACAAUUAUGGGCAAUUUGGAGGAACCAGCGAUGUUGAAAAUAGGUUCGUACAGUUUGCUGAGGAAAGUACUAGGCCAGCAUUUCAGUCGAUAGAAGCAAUGGUACAUACGUUUUCGUCAGUAACAAUGAUGUUAGAAUCAACUUUCUUUGCUAUGACGAGCUCAUUUAGAGCUAUAUUAAGCGUUGCAGAAAAUGUGGGAAGGUUACGCUCAAUGUUUGGUCAGUUUUUAAGUGUAUUUACAUUGGUACGAUUUGUAAAAUGGCUGUAUCGAAGAAUCUUAUAUACUCUAGGUCUCCGAAAUGAAGAUCUUAGCGACGAAGCAUUGUGGAGAAGAACCGCUUUGCAAGUUCUAAAUGGAGAAAGAACGGGGCCUUCUUCUUGGCCUAUUUUUUUAUUUUUUAGUCUGAUAGUAGCCAUUCCAUACUUGGUUCAUAAACUAGUAAAUAAUGUAAAACAAGUCAGUAUAAAUGCGAAUAAUCCUAAGGAGUGGUUAGAAUGUAAUGAACCUGUUUAUUCGGCAACUGUAUUGUAUGACUUUGCUCCGACAUCCGCCGAUGAACUUAGUAUCAAAGCUGGACAGAAGAUUUGGCUUGCUCCUCAGUCAUUGCAGCCAAAAAAUAUACCUGGUUGGUGCAAAGCUACUGAUAGCAGUAAUGUAGGUUUAGUGCCUUCAAAUCAUAUAAAAAUUGUUGGCCAAUUAAGAAAGAAACCUAUAGGACCACAAAGUAUGGCACCCCAAACAUCAAGUGUUCCUAUGCAAAGUAACUUCACAAAUGUUAAUUUGGGUCAUGAAACGCAAAGUACGACGAAUUCUGAUUUUGAAAAACUGGAACAUACAUUUGAGGAUGAUUGCGAUGGUCAAAAAGAUGCUAAGGAAUCCUACCAAUGAUCUAUAAAAUACCAGAAUCAAGAAUGGGUUUGUAAAUACUAAUGUGUACGAUGAAGACCUCAGUAGCCCUGCAUUGAAACAUGACAGCAUUUACUGAGUUGACACUAUUCGACUGUAAAUUGUGUUAUGCAUUAUUUGUUAAAUUUAUAAGAUCAUUCCAAUUCAAUUUAUACUCGAAUGUACUUUUAUAUGCAAGGAAAAGGAAAAUGUUCAUAAAAGUGUAAUUUUUGGGUCAAUUAAUUCUUAUGUACAAGCAAUGAGAAAUCUCAAAAUGUGUUUAAGGGUGGCCUAUGAUACAUUUUGAACUGUUUACCAAAUUUUAAAAUUACCACGUUAGGCAACAUACCUUAUUCUUUAGAUGGCAAAUAAAAUCAAAAUAUUGAAUUAAAAA